AUUCUUUUGGACAGAAUAUAGUUGAUAUUUCAGUUUUCACAGAAGAAGAGAGUUCCAAUGUUUUAGAUUUGAAGAAUAUAUUUGAUCAUGUUUCGUCUGAAUGAAUUCAUUUGUUUUUUUCUUUUUAAAUAGAAUGAAAAAGAUUCAUCAACAACAUCAAAUACAGACAAAGAUAAAAAAGUUAAUCGUACACAAUUAGUUUUUAUUAAAUCUUCAAAUGUUUCUUCACAAGUAUCAUUAAAUAAUUCUUUAACUUAUCUUCAUACAAUAUGUCUUCGACAACCGAUAAUUCAUUUUAUUUGGUUCAUGUUAUGCAUCAAUCUUAAAACAUAUAUUAAUACCAAUGAAAGUGAUUUCCAAGCUGCUGUACUCGAUUUACUUGUUCAAUUACUUUUAAUUCGUCAUUUUAUUUAUUGUACUGCUGAAUUUCUUGUUAUGUUAUCACAUGAUACACUUCGUUCAAAACGAGUUAUUAAAAUACAAAAUUUAAUAAAACAUUAUGAUUAA